AGUGGCAACGCAUGUCGUCACACAGGAACCGAAGGAGGCGGUCAAACCAAGAUGGCGUUCCGCGAUGAAGCAGGAAAUAUACUCGGUUUUCAGUAAAUCUCCUCAUUUGAGAGCGUCGACCGGAGCUUGUAUGUCCGAGGAGAAGUGAGAGACUUAUUCGGAGACUGAAGACAGAGCAGAUAUUGUUACUCUAAAUGGCUGCGAGGAAGUCUGGAUCAGAUAUCCACAACAACGGACCCGUCAGCUACCUUGAGGAUGUUCCCUUCAAGCUCAAUGAGAAAUUCCGCUGUCCCUCAAAAGUGGGUCUUCCAAUGGGCUUCUCUUUGUCCGACUGUAAUGUCAAACUCUUAGAUCUCCAAUAUGACUUCAGUCUGGAGCGACGGAGCGUUCAGUGGGGGGAGGAGCUUGCCAAAGCACGAGCCGCCGAAGCACGAGCGGCGGAGGUCGCCCAGGUGGACUCUGAAAAUGAAAGGCAGGCUGCUGCUCAGGAUGCAGAUGUCGGAUUGGUUGGGGGGAAGAAAGCCCGCCCCUCUGAUGAGCAGGACGUUCUCCCACCAGCUUUGAACCCGGUUUUAGCUGGCCUGUGGCACAACGCAAUCCUUACGCCUCUCCCAGCCCCCUCUUUUGGACUGACGCGACCAGCACCUAGCAACCCGGCCCCGCAGUGUCUGAACUUAGCUGACUUUGAGCGAGAGGAGGACCCUUUUGACAAACUUGAGCUCAAGACACUGGACGACAAAGAAGAGUUGCGAAAUAUCCUGCAGAGUCAACCGCAGUCCGUUUCACCUCCUCAGCUUCCUCCAGCUGAAAAUCGCCCCACUUCUCCAAGUACUACGCCUCCUCUUCAGGCCAAAGCGGGAAUGUUCCAUAAACCCAAUGGACUGGUUGGACUGCUGGACUUAGAACGGGGUGGGGUUGUGGGGACCCCUCUGGGACAGAUUGAUGCCGACCGCCCAUGUAAUAUUCGCUCACUGACUUUCCCUAAGCUUUCAGACCCAGGAGACUCCCCCUCAGAACCUCCUCUCAGCGUUUACCCACCACGCAGUCUGUCCAACGGCAUGCCACCAUCCCUGCAGAGAACAGCAUCCAAUACCAACACGACACUCCCCCAAGAGCAACCUGUCUAUGCUCAGAAUGGAACAACGAAGCAGUCAAACCCCGUCACAGCUACUAACCAUCCGCCUGCUGCCACGUUCCUUCUCGGCCUUUCUCCCAGUGAACGACAGUGUGUGGAGACAAUUGUGGGCAUGGGUUAUUCUUACGAGGGUGUUCUCAGAGCCAUGCAAAGACAAGGACAGAAUGUGGAAGUGGAACAGGUGCUGGACUAUCUGUUUACUCACAGUCGACUGUGCGAUCGGGGUUUUGAUGCAACGUCUGUGGAGGAGUGCUUGGAGAUGUACCAGGGCUCAGAGGAAAAGGCUCUUGAGUUUCUGCAGCUGAUGUCAAGGUUUGGGGAAAUGGGCUUUGAGAGAGACACUAUUAAAGAGGUACUACUCGUGCACAAUAAUGACCAGGAUAAGGCGCUGGAGGAUCUGAUGGCCCGAGCGGCUGCGAGCUGAGCUUCGAGAGUCCGUCCACCUGGAGCCACCCCCUCCCCUGGCCCUCCGAGGGGUCCUGGCUGUGGAAGGAUGUGAUACUCUUAUCUCUAAGACAGGACGACUGAUUUUGUAUCCUAAUAAAGAUAUACCUCUUGGAGUAGGGAUUGAUGGCACCGCUCAACUGUGCAUUCAUCCCUCUUCAGCUGUAUGUCUGUUAAGUGAUCUUAGAAUGGUGACGAGUGGGAGGAGCCCAAACCCUUCUCCGAGAAUCGGCAUUGGCUAGUGUCUCUGUUGCCAUGGUGACAGACUAGACUGGGCGGUACUGGAGAAACAGAAUUGAGCGGAGCCCCAUUGACGCCAGGUUUGACAGAUUACGGACUCGGAGUGACACUCGAAGCUAUUACGCUGCCAUCUCCCGCUGCUGGACGCAGGCUUUCGAAAAUUGAAACCUGAACACUCAUAAAUACAACCCAUGGCUAAACAGAAACCCCACUGAAGUGCCCUCUCUCUAUUCUGUCUCUGCUGUUUGUUUGUUCAUACAUUGUUUAUAUGUUUGACAGGUGGAAAUACUUUAUCUUUCUUCAUUUGUCCUUUUUUGAGAUUGUGUUUCUUUGCUCUAUGGUUAGGAACUGCUUUUAACAGAACUAAUCAGCAUUAUGUAAGUUUGCCCAGUUGGCUUUUGCACUGGAAUGAACACAUUCGGCAAGAAAAAUUUGUAAGUUCGGCUGGAGCUGCAAAAUUGAAAUGAUGCCGCCACGUUUUCAUACAAAUGACAUGCAAAUACUGCACAGGCACACUGAAUCACAGAUGUUAAUAUAAACGUAUUUAAAGAUCUGUAAAGAUACACUGUCGGUUUCCAUCUGUAAUAAAUAAAUUGAGAACAUUAA